GAGGCGGGGACUUCCCCAGAGGAUGGAUUAGCUGGAAAGCAGCUAGAGGAGAGAUCUGGUGUUAGUGCAGCUGCUGGAGAGCAGCUGCCGGGAGGGAGGAGAUCAGCCUCUCGCUCUGAAGGGGUUGGUGUGGUAGGUUCCCAUGCAGAGCACGUGUGGAUAAUGCGAGCUGCAAACGCUGCUGCCUGCUCCAGCCACCGGUACCGAGCGAGCCGGGAGCAUGGGGCAGGUGGCUUGGAAGGGUUUAUUUCUAUCGCUUUUUGAUUAUAAAACGGAGAAAUACGUCAUUGCGAAGAACAAGAAGGUGGGGAUUCUCUAUCGAGUGGUGCAGCUCUCCAUUCUGGCUUACCUGGUGGGGUGGGUGUUUGUUGUCAAGAAAGGCUACCAGGACACAGACACAUCCCUCCAGAGCUCUGUCAUCACCAAGAUGAAAGGGGUAGCCUUCACCAACACCUCGGAGCUGGGGGAGAGGCUGUGGGAUGUUGCAGACUACGUGAUCCCUCCACAGGUUGGUGUCGUGCUUCGAGCCCAGAGGGCAACUGAGCACCACGCAGCCAUUCGCUGCCCCCUUCCCCCCAAAGAGGUGGCUGCUCUGUGUGACCUUUUCUGUGAUGUCUGUGCUGCAGGAGUUAAGACUGGCCGUUGUUUGAAAGACAGGGACAGUUUCAGGAGGACUUGUGAGAUACUGGCUUGGUGCCCAGUGGAGAAAAGAUCCAAGCCCAAGAAACCACUUCUCGCCAGUGCAGAAAACUUCACUGUUUACAUCAAGAACUCAAUCCGCUUCCCCAAGUUUAAGUUCUCCAAGGUGAAUGUGCUGGCAACUGACAACGAGUCCUACCUGAAGAGCUGCCGCUACAGCACAGAGCAUCCCUACUGCCCCAUCUUCCUCCUGGGGAACAUCGUCAGGUGGGCUGGGAGCGACUUCCAGGAAAUGGCCUUGGAGGGUGGUGUGAUAGGAAUUCAGAUUGAAUGGAACUGUGAUCUUGAUAAAGCCCCUUCUGAAUGUAAUCCUCACUAUUCUUUUAGCCGGCUGGAUAACAAGUUUUCAGAAAAAUCCAUCUCUUCUGGGUACAACUUCAGGUUUGCCAAAUAUUACCGGGAUGCUGAGGGGGUCGACUACCGGACGCUCAUUAAAGCAUAUGGAAUCCGCUUUGAUGUGAUGGUGAAUGGCAAGGCAGGGAAAUUUAACAUCAUCCCCACCAUUAUCAAUAUCGGUUCGGGGCUCGCUCUCAUGGGAGCGGGAGCCUUCUUUUGUGACCUGGUGCUGCUGUAUCUGAUUAAAAAGAGUAACUUCUAUCGAGGCAAAAAGUAUGAGGAAGUAAAGUCCAGUUCCAGGAAAUCGUUAUCGAGCCCUGCACUGAAUGGGAACCAGAGCCCUGAGCAGCUCGGAGGGCUCUAGGCACAGCAGUGGGUCUGCCAGCUGGAGUCGUGUUCCAGGGAAACCACACCAGUGUGAAAUCACACCAGGACUGGGAGGUGGAGAUACCCCAGACCAGGUCUGCUCUCUAUUAUUGGAAUUUCCAGAGGAAAAAAAAAAAAAAAAAGUCCUUUAAAGAACGCCCUUCAUUCCCAAAGAUGUUCUCUGGUAUCCUGAGCUUGCAACAACGUGUCACCACUAUGGAUUUAUAAAAGGAUUUUAUAAAAGGAAAAAGAAGGCACCAAGUGAAUGUUUUUAUAUCUGUUGGUAGAUCUGUCUGUGCCAACGUCACUAGCCAGAGUUAGCCUGUGGCUGUGCUUUGCUUCCAUGGGGGGAAGAGCCGUGAUGUGCAACACCACUGGUGCUCUCGGGAGGGCUGAGAUUCAACCUGUCUCCUGCUCCACUGGCUUGUGGCCACCCCUCCCGACUCUCCCUUCUGUUCCGUGCAAGAUUAGAUGUCAAGCAGCAGGACUGCUCUUGUCGGGGAAAUGCAGCGUUUCCCUUCUCAGAGCCCAGGGGAAAAGGGGCUUGUUACCCUACAACGCCCCUGCUGAGCGGGCCUGGGUCAGGGUGGGGCAAUUACUCUUUUUUUGUGGGGGGUGUGUAUCCAUUAGGGCUGGAAACGGUGCUCCUCCAGGAAAAGCCUUUGUCACGGCUGCAACAAGGUGCUCUGCUCAUCUCAGGAACGGCAGGAGACAGUCCUGCCGCAGCGCUGACUGGAGAAUCAGCUCAGCCGUGGCUGGGUCCCAGCUACGUCACCCGCACCCACCGUCUCCAUUUGCAGUUGGCCCAGAGAAGCCACCUUUCAGAGCACAGAGCAGGUAACAGCAGGCAGAGGAGCACGCUGAAGCAAGGCAGGGAGCGAGGUUGUAGUGGCUGACGGGGCGGGGCAGGGGGUGAGCACACUGGAAAGCAGCGUGGCACUGGGAGCACCUGCGCAGGGAUGCUCUUGGGUUCUCCCUCCUCUGUCCAGUGGCUGGUUCCGUUUGCUGAGGAUCGACCCUUGGGCAUCGCUUGCUCAUUGCUCAUGGUGGGGAGAGAUCUGGGCGGGGGACUUCAUGCUUCUGCUGGUUUUCGUAGUAGCCCGAACUGUACUGCAGAGACUGAAAAGGGGAGCUCUGUCAGGUGAGAUGGAUUUUGCCAGAUUCUUCCAAAUAUACCAACAGGAGGAAAAUUUAGAGGCCAGAUGUCUGCUAGUUCACCCCUCUGGUAACUGCCCAUACAAGUGCUCCUUUGUUUCUUGACAGAGAAACGUUUCAUUGCAGCCUGUUUUGUGAAUUUAUGCUCAUGUGGGGAUGUAACUAAUCUCAGAAAAGUGCUUAUAGAAUAUCAUUGUUUAAAGUUUGCAUUUGCUUAAGCUGACAAGAACCGACCCACCAGCUCCUGAAGACAGUAGGUGAAUAAAUACUCCUGCCUCACUUAAAGCUUCCACACCGUGGCUUGGCGCAGACUGAUCAGUGUUCUGUAAAUGCUGCCGUGUCGCCGCUGAUCAGGAGUCGUCACGGCGAGGAUUUAGUGUUUCUGUGCGCUCUUUGAACACCAAGAUUUAAAAGACUCCUGCUGCAGCAUCCUUACUAGUGCUAGGAGAGCUGUAGAGGGUGGCGUUACAGAGCAGCUGUGAGCGAGUAUUCUGCAGAAAUGGAAAGAGCAAGUUGCACUCACCGGUGCUUUAACUUUAAGGUGGUUACUCUGAGGGUACAGGUUGAUUUUAAGUUGAAAUUCAUCUUUGCUAGCAGUGGCAAGCUCUGAAUGCAGUCACUGAUAGCAAAUCCCAGCCUAGGCCACUCCCUCUGCAUCUGCUCAGAUGCAAGUAAUUAUGGAGUGAAACAUUUAGCCAGAAAAUAAGAAUUAAACACUAGACUUACUUAAAAUAAUUUAGGAUAAGCUGUGUACCUCUGAUGCUGUACUUGUAUCCAAAGCCUCCUCUAGGCAAACACACUCGCCCUGUGUGUAACUGCACUAGUCUGGCCUGUUAGAAUUACCGAGCCAAACAAACGGCACAGGCUUCUCACUGUCAGGGCUUCGUUCUAUUUGAUCAUUUCUGGAUGGUGAAACACAUGGUGAACCCCACAUGUGACAUCAGGCCAAGGCACAACUCACGGAGACCAAGAAGCUCAUUGUAACACGUAAAGCUGACUGUGCUCCACGGAAACCAAAACAUCCCCUUGGUAGAUGACCAAAGUGAUUUCCUGAAUUUAAGUCUUGAGGGACUUCAAGUCCCCAAAAGUCCCUAGAAUAUUUCCCUUCUUUAUACCCAGUGUUUAACACAAUUCCCGCAACUUUUGCCAUCGAUAAAACAUAACCAGAUCCCUUCUCAGGAGCUCGUUUUAUUUUUUUUUUUUCUCCUUGUAUUUAAUGUACAGCAAUAAAAUUUGUCUCUUUAGGGCAAUGCUCUCCAAGACUCUUCUGUACAGUGUGGUUUUUAGGUUGCACACACCACCUUUUCUUUGUGAUACAUACUUAUGCUAAGCAAGUCAAUUAAACACUUCAGUUUGCACAAGCAGGUCUAUAGCAAAGAUACUGCCCCUCUGGUGAGUGAUCAGCAUUUCCUUUCUGUUCCUGCCAGAGGAACCACAACCACACACUGUUCAUUGUGGAAAGUGCCAGCAGGCUUACAAGUGUGUUCUGUAGAGUGAGCUGGCAGGUAAUGAGACACUGCACACACUUGGUUGUCUGUGUUUCACUGGACACAACAGUACUAAAAAGGAGCAAAGUGUGACUUGUGAGAGCAUUACUUAUCAACUUUGGUAUAUGCCAGUGAACAAUAUCCAUGACAGUGUCAUUUACUGAUAGCAUGUCCAUACAGCAAUGGUGGAAAUAACAUCUGCAUUAGCAACUCCACUACAUUUCUGUAGCAAACCUUCAUAUACACUUAAUUACAUGCUACUGUGUGGUAUUUCCUUGUGUCAGUAGAUUAUUUUUUGAGUGCUGUGUUACACGCUGCCUUCACCAGUAUUUGUGUGCAGGGACAGGCAGCAAAUCUAGAAGGGAUUUAUAACUGGCACAUCUCAUCCAAACUGCGAAGAAUACAAGGGACUGGCAUUAACCACAACUCACAGUUGUGCCUGCAAUUAGGGACAGGAGUUAUUCCUUAACGACCAAACAAAUGGGAGGCAUCUGUGUGGUGUUUCACAUUCUGUUUAAUUAGAACAGUACUACUGAUUCAUGUGUACUUGGACAUAAUUUACCGACA